AUGGUAGAAGUAGAGUAUGUCAAAGUGAAAUCAGUCAUAUACAAGGUCGGGAUGAUGGAGAAGGUGAUGGUGAUGAUGGAGAUGGCCGUGGAUGAUUAUGCUAUAGAUGAAAAGUGUAAUUUAUAUUACAAGAAGUCAACAAGUGACAGAAUUGAGGCGAAGUGUGGUAUGGAAGGGUGUAAAUGGAGGAUUUAUGCAUCUUUGGAUAAGGAUUCAGGAAGAUUUAUUGUCAAAACAUUUAAAAAUGUGCAUACGUGUUCUUGGAACUGCAAAAUCAGAUUGUUGACAGCACGGAAAAUUGCCCACUUGAUCCUCGAUGACCUCAGAGCGGAUUCAGAUUUAAAUGCUCGGAAAAUUAAGAAGAUGUUAUUGUCAAAGUAUAGUGUUGUUAUCACAAAAACCAAGUGUCAGAAAGCACGUGAAAUAGGUCUAAAGAUCAUAGAAGAAGAGCAUGCUGAACAAUUUGCGAGGAUGUACGACUAUGUUCUUGAGCUUCGUCAGUCAAAUCCUGGAUCAACGGUCAUUUUAGGGACUCAAAAUGAUGUAUUUCAAAAAUUCUAUAUCUGCUUUAAUGCUUUGAAAGACGGAUGGAAGAUGUCAUGUAGACCAAUACUGCAUCUUGAUGGAACGUUUCUUAGAGGAUGGAUGAAAGAUGAAUUAUUAACAGCAGUUGGAAGAGACGCGAAUGACCAAAUGUAUCAUGUUGCUUGGGCGAUUGUUGAUGUUGAGAACAAAAUUAAUUGGGAAUGGUUCUUGACACUUUUGGUGGAUGAUUUGAAUUUAGGAGUUGGACAAGGCUUUACAAUGGUUUCAGAUCAACAAAAAGGACUUAUUCAGGCUAUGAAAAAUAUCUUGCCAUAUGCGGAGCAUAGGAUAUGCGCUAAACACAUCUAUGAAAAUUGGAAGAAGAAACACAAAGGCUCUGAAAAUAGGAUAUCUUUUUGGAAGACAGCUAAAGCAUAUAAUCAAGUCGUGUUUGAUAAAUGUCUCGAGGAUUUAAAGAUUUUAUCACCAACAGUACAUGAAGACCUAAUGCGUUAUUCUAUAUUUCAUUGGUCCAGGUGUUCUUUCACAGAAUUUGCAAAGUGUGAUGCAGUCGAAAAUAACAUGGGAGAGGCAUUCAACUCUACAAUUACAGAUGCCCGUGAAAAGCCAAUUGUAGAAAUGUUAGAAACUAUCCGGAGGCAAGUGAUAACAAAGUUUGAUGCAACCGAUUAA